AUGGGCCUCGUUGUGAUUGUUUUUAUUCAGAUUAUGAAGGGAGAAGAUGUGAAAAUACCAAGCACAGAAGUAUCAUUUUUUGGAAAUGAAUGGAUGGGCUACGAUAAUUUACAUAAUGAAGCGAAUAAUAAUGGAAUUAAUGAUGAAGACCUUUUGGCCGUAUUGAGUCAUCGAGAAAUUUUUAAUAUCUCCUUUAGAACCAAUUUUUCUAAAAAUUUUCUUCUAUUUGUUGCUGGGGAUUCUAAGAGUAAUUUCAAAUUAACAAUUGAAAAUGGAGAACUUCUAGCAACACAUCAAUUAGCAGAAACUGACAAACGCCUUAUUCGAGUUCAAGAUCGCAACCAAAGACUGCCUUUACAUUUUGAUAAUAAUUUAUGGCAUAGUGUUUGUGUUGUGAGAGAACUAAAUUCUGUAGGUUUUAAUUAUGGGAUUUGGACGAAGACAAUAAUAGUUAAAUGA